AUGCCAGCAUACCACUCGAUCUUCCUGGGCGACCAGGGCGUACAACUAAUAGGCAACUUCCCACUCCUCCCGCUUCGCACGAAAACCCGUGGGCCAGCCUACACGCUGCCUGCUCUCCCGCCCAAUGUCGACCCCCUCGACGUAGACCCAGACUCCGAGUCCUACGACUGCCUCGAUGAGAUCUUGAGCCUAUUCCGCGCCAACACCUUCUUCCGCAACUUCGAAAUCAAGGGCCCCGCCGACCGCAUGCUUAUCUACGGCAUCCUCUUCCUGUCCGACUGUUUGACGAAAGUGAAACCCAAUAUGGAUUCCCGUGCGGCCGAGAAAGCCCUGAUAAACGGUGCACUGGAACAAUUCAGCAUCCCGGGGGAGCCAGGUUUCCCAUUGAACCAAGCUUAUGAGGCACCCAGAGACCGCACCGAGGCCGAGGCUUUGAGGAGCUAUUUGAGCCAAGUGAGACAGGAACUGGCAAUCCGGUUGCAUGCAAGGCUUUAUGCGGACGGGUCCAAUGUGCCGAGUAAAUGGUGGUUGAGCUUCACAAAGCGAAAGUUCAUGGGCAAGAGUUUAUAG